CAGUACGCCUCGUGCCGUUCCGCGACGAGAAAGGCAACCCGAUGAUCAAGGCUUCGGUUGAUCUCUCAACGAGUGGACAGCGUCAUCCGGACCAUUUUGGGUGUGGUCUGUCGUCCGGGCCGUAGUUGAGGCUUCGGCGCAUCCUGCCCGACCCAACCAGUCGGUCCAUCAGCCUCUGGUCUACAUGCGAGCACCUUCGACGUUAUGGCUUCUUCUUUGGAUUCUCCGAGGAUAUCCGCACCCACACUCUGCUCACGAGUGCUCGUCGUUGCGUCGUAACCAAGACAGCAAGUGCGACCGUGCCUCCAACAUCAAAAAAGGACGCCUACGAGAUACCCGCAGUAAAGGACUUCGGCACUUGCUUUCGUGUUGCAAGAAAGACGAAAAUAAGUACUGCCAAUGUGUGAAACCGUAUAGUACAAGUAGAACGUUUCCAGCCGUUUCAAGGCCAGCCUACUCCUCCUAUCCACUCUCGAACCUACAGAGCUCCUUCAAACCUAACCUAACAGCCUCCGUCAAAGCUAAGUAUCAACGCUCCGUAGUCCAGUACCUGCACCGCAGCAGACGAACCCACAUCCUCACCAUAAUCCCCACUACCCUCUCCCUCCAGCCCCCACAACAAUCCGCACGUAUCCCGAUCGCCCCACCGCCCACACACCCCUAGCGUCCAGCAAAAAAACCCGCUUCAACAUCAAAAAAAUCCACUCCAGCGUCCAGAUUCCAACCUCCCGCCGCACCCCAAAUCCCAAGCACAUGAACAU